AUGAGGGCCACUGUUGUGGAGCUGAUGGCGCUGCUAGGCCAGGGAGCCCUGCUCCUGCACUGCCCUGAUACGGCCCCUGUCCUUCCCCUGGCCUGCGCUCGCUCCGAGGCCCCUGGUAGGAUCAUCCAGGAUUACCAGCAAAGCGAAGCAGCUGCUCAGCAGGGCCGUUCCCAGUCACCGCUCGCGCUGAAACGCCGCGUGGCAGGGAGCGCUGAACUGCGGGGCUGCACCCUCACCCCGACCGGCUCACGUACCUCCCAGGGUGCAGAGUCAUUGGUUCGGGCCAGAGUUGGGGGUGCAGCGGAGCUCGGGUGCAGCCUCACCCCACCCUCGUCAGGCGCCACCACGCCACGACUCUUCCCCCUACACGUGGUGGAAUGGGUGCGCCUGGGAUACAACGUUCCCAUCCUCAUCAAAUUCGGAGUGUACUCCCCUCGUGUGCAUCCUAGCUACAGGGGCAGGGUAUCCCUGACUCAAGGCGCCUCUCUGCUGGUGGAGGGGCUACGCCUGGAUGAUGAGGGCUGGUUUGAGUGCCGCAUCCUGCUGUUGGACAGAGCCACAGAUGAGUUCCGCAAUGGCACCUGGACCUUCCUCUCUAUCACAGCACCACCUGUGUUUUUCAAAACUCCGCCCCCGUUCCUGGAGACCAUGCAAGGCAGCUCCGUGUCACUCACCUGUGCUGCGCAUGGCAACCCCCAACCAACUGUGACCUGGCAAAAAGAAGACGCCCCUGUCAAAAAACAAGACAAUGUGAAGGUGCUCAAUGGCACCUUGUCUUUAGCGACGGUGACCAGGGAAUCGGCAGGAAUGUACAAAUGCCACGUCUCAAACUCGGAAGGGAAUCUGUCUCACUCCACACAGCUUUUGAUCAAAGGCCCACCAAUUAUCACCAUUCCACCAGACGAUGUCACACUCAACAUGUCCCAGGAUGGCAUUCUGCAGUGCCAAGCUGAAGCCUAUCCCACCAACCUAACAUAUGUGUGGUGGAAGCAAGGAGAGAAUGUGUACCACAUUGAAUCUCUCAAAUCCCGUGUGAAGAUCCUCGUUGAUGGUACCCUCCUCAUACAUCGCCUUCUCCCUGAGGAUGCUGGGAACUAUACCUGUAUGCCCACCAAUGGGCUACUGACUCCACCCACUGCCUCAGCCUACCUCACUGUGAAGCACCCUGCUCAGGUGGUACGAAUGCCACGGGAGACCUACCUUCCCACGGGCAUGGGGGGCGUCAUCUCCUGUCCGGUGAGAGCUGAGCCCCCCAUGCUCUUUGUUAACUGGACCAAAGACGGGGACAACCUGGACCUGAAUAUGUUCCCAGGUUGGAUGGUGAACUCAGAGGGCUCUGUGUUCAUAGCAACAGCCAAUGAUGAUGCAGUGGGCAUGUACACCUGCACUGCCUAUAACAGUUAUGGAACGAUGGGCCAAUCGGAGCCCACCAAAGUGGUUCUGGAGGACCCCCCCUCGUUCCAGGUGUUCCCCCGCGCAGAGUACCUCCAGGAGGUGGGCCGAGACCUACUCAUCCCCUGCCAGGGCCGUGGAGACCCAUCUCCCAACAUCACCUGGAGCAAGGUCGGCCCCUUGCCUCGUUCUCCGUAUACUGUGAUGGCCAAUGGCUCCCUGGUGCUGCGGCCACUCAAGAAAGACCACCAGGGGGCAUGGGAGUGUCACGCCACCAACCGAGUGGCUACCGUCAGCACCAGCACUAUAGUCUUGGUACUGGGUACCAGUCCCCACACUGUUUCAUCUGUGUCAUUCGUCCCGGGGAUGAACCAGGCCAAUGUGUCCUGGGAGCCUGGCUUUGACGGGGGGUACACCCAAAAAUUCAGUGUUUGGCUGAAGCAGGCUUCCAGGGGAAAACAUGAGUGGACAUCCCUGCCUGUACCUACCUCCAACUCCCACCUGCUGGUGACUGGACUGCUGCCGGCAACCAGCUACCAGAUCAGCAUCUUACCCCAGAACAAACUGGGCUCAGGACCCUUCAGUGAAAUCAUUACAAUAAGAACGCUGGAUCCACCUGUGCUUGUAACGACAAUACCGAAACUGGCCCCACCGACAUCGCUGUCUGCCAAUAGGAGCUCAGAGGGGAUCGUGCUGUCAUGGGAACUGCCCCUGUCUACGUCUCUGCCCAUUACUGCCUUUGUGCUCCAAGCUCGGCGUGAAAGAGAGGAGUGGUCAAUUCUCAAUGGGGCCAUUGGUGCCAAUAAAACUGAGAUACUGGUGGAAGGAUUACUCAAGGACUCUGAUUACGAACUGAGGAUUCUGUCUCGCAGAAAUAAGCUGGUCAGUGAGCCCAGUGAGUCAGUCAACAUCUCCACUGCAGGCAUGGAAGUAUAUCCAGCCAGAACAAGCGUCUUGGAGUUUGUCCCUGAACCGUUAUUGGCUGGUGUGGUGGGCGGAGUUUGCUUCCUAUUUGUGGCCAUCAUCCUCUCUCUGUUGACGGCUUGUGUCAUGAGCCACAGGAGGGACCGCCGGCGCAGGAAAAGGAGGGAUGAUCUCCCCACUGCCCUGCAGAAGAGCCCAUCUACGGAAGCUGGCUCGCCUUCUGACAGCCCCGACAGUGUCCUGAAACUGAAGCUUUGCCCACCGCUGUCCUUCUUUCCCAACUCCUCAUCCUCCCAGUCAGACCGCUCCUCCUUCGACAAGGCCAGCCGCAGUGAAUACCAGGACCAGCGGCGACAGCUCCUGUCCAGCUCCUCACCCCCACCCCACUACACCCUCUUUGAGAGCCACCUUGGGGGCACAUCCUCUCCCACCUCUGCCUUGGAGUCCAUCUCCCGAGGGCCUGAUGGGCGCUUCAUUGUCCAGCCUUACAAUGAGGACUCUACCCCCAGCCACAUCAAGAAAAGCUUAAAGAAGGAUUUCCCACAGCGUUCAGCAGGGGGAGACAGUAGCACAAAUAGCAGCAGAAUGUCUUACAGGGGCUCUCCAAAAUCGGAUUCCAUAGACUCUCAGAGUGCAGAGAAGAAGAAUCCCUCUCCAGCGCCCACAGUAGAUCUCCCUGGCUCCAGCAAAAUCUCACAUUCUCCUGGCCGGGUCAAGGCGAUGGCCAGGAACUUCUCCCGUCAUGGCUGCUUCUACUCAGAUGAUGAGCAAGGCUGCUCUCAGGCUCUGCUCGAGAGGGCCAGCUUCUACUCUGACAGCAGUGAAAAGAGGGACUAUGACCCCUUGAAGAAGUAUUGCAUGUCUGUCCACCCAGAUGGCAUGUUCCCCAGCCUUACCAGGAAAGCAAGGGAGGUUGAAAGAGAGAGGCUGUGCCCCACCAUAGAGAGCGAGAGCCAGCUGACCAACACCAGCACCCUGGUGUCCCAGAUGGAACAUGAGCGUGAGAAGGACAACUUGAGCAAGUGCCUGCAGCUGGCACGGGAGCGGGAAGAAAUGGAGAGGGAGCUGGAGCGAUAUACUUCAAGCCAGAGGGAAGCAGAUACAACUGGAAGUAGGAGGGAGUGGAGGGCAGAGGAGUCCAUUUGGAAACCACAAGAUGUCACCCUUCGUCAAAAACCACAUCAUAUCAGUGGUCAGGCUCAGCAGAUGUCUAACUACAGGAGAGGCUGCUAUUUUGGAAACACCAGCAGUCCCAUGGGAAGGACUUCCUCCUCCUCCUACAUCCAUUGGGAUAUUAGCCCCGUCACCUCUGUCACCAGCUUGGUCCCCAUGCAGAGCCCCCUGGAAAAUAUCACACUGAGGUCACAGCAGCCAUGCUCACCUCCUGCAGGUGCAGCCACGAGGGACUCAGUGAUUAUGGACUGUUCCCGUUCCCCUACCAGGCCCCUUAUGGCGAGGAUCAGCCACCUUUCAACCACAGAGUACCAGAAGCCUAGAGAGUCCUCCCCGUCCAGAGAGGUUCUCAGGUACUCCACCUUGUCUCACCCCUUUACCUCCACCUAUGGAACCCCUAAGGCACCAAGAGACCUCCGCUUCCAAACGGCGACAAUCUUCAGAUCCUCGACGACAGGCUACUGCCUUCCCCGAUUCUUCCAGGUGGCCUGUCACUUACCAGGAGGCUCUAAGGUCUGUGCAGCACAAGCCAGCCCCCCGUGGCCCCUCCCAGUUCCAGAUUCACCCCAGACAAUUGAUGAGGGGGGAGUACCCAAGACCUCUCGAAUCCAAGCAGGGCCCACAACGGGCCUUUUUACCCCGGGGCUACAGUUGGCCCUCACCCUACCACUCCCCAUUCCCCCUACGGGAGCCGGAGGGUGA